AUGAGGGAGGGAACAGUCUCACGUCGUAGCCAUUCAUCAAAUAUAUUUGAGCGCAAGAUAUACCGAACUCGGUCCGCCAGGUUUUGCUCGGUGACGGUUACAGAUGGCUCCAGCUCAGCGAAAAGUCACAUCCUUGCCCGAUACGUAAAACCUCCAAUUUCUCCUCCUUUCGCCUUAAAAUACGCCCGCAAUGCGUUGCUGUUCAUCGAGAUUGUCCAACGCAUGCGGCGUACUUCACUAGUGGCGGGUGCCGAUUGUUGGGCCCCCGAAGACCCUGCCGACACCAAGCCCGCUGGUAGGGAUGAUGGAUGCGAGGGGCUACUAGGUGGUCGCGCAGCACCUCGCGCUUGGCUGACGGUUCGCAUGACGCCAGCUCCGGACGCGCCCUGGCAGCCACCAGGCAGCGGCCCUUUGCGUGUUCUAUAA